AUGGCAACAAUUUCAAAUAACGGUACAACGAAAAAUAAGCCACGUCUUGAUCUUGGUGGCUAUUCUUACAUUAAAGAUCGCUCUUCGGAUGAGAAAACCUAUUGGCGUUGUAUAAAGUACUCCUUGGACCGCUGUCGCUCUCGUCUUCAUACCUGUAUUUUAACCAAUGCUAUUAAGAAAUCACCAACUAAACACACAUGUAAAGUCGAUGGCACAACACUUCAACUUCGAAUUUUCAAUGAGCACAUUGCUCAUCGCGCUGUUAGUACUCAAGAAACACCUGACACCAUCAUCUCGAAUUGUUAUAAAGCUACUGAUGAAUAA